AUGGCUGAAGACGCCCCCGUCGCUGCUCCCCCGGAAACUGCGGAGAAGACCGAGCAACCUCCUACCGAGCAGUCUGGCGACAAGGCGGCCGCUGACCCAGAUCUGUUGUUUUCGCCAGAAAGCGCCAACGUGACCGACGAAAAGAAGGGCUCCGAAGCCGACGCGGAACAGAACGCUGCUUCUGGCGACGCUACAGAUGCCAAGGGCGACAACGGCGAAGAUGCUGCCGCUGCCGCAAGCGCAGAGCCUGCCGCGGAGGCCAACGGAACCGCUGCCUCUUCCAAGAAGACCUCAAAGGAUCGACGACGAUCCAGCGGCGUUGGCGAAAAGAAGCUGAAUCGCAAGAAGUCUAUGACCCGUGUGACUCAGCUGCACGCGAAGCCUGGCGAUUACUACCUCGCGCGUCUGCGCAGCUUUGCGCCGUGGCCGGCUAUUAUCUGUGACGAGGAGAUUCUUCCUUCCACUCUUCUUGACACCCGUCCAGUGACGGCUGCGCAGGAUGAUGGUUCAUACCGCGCUGACUACGCUGAUGAUGGAAAGCGUGCUCACGAGCGCACCUUCCCGGUUAUGUUCCUCGGCACAAACGAGUUCGCCUGGAACAUCAAUGAGAAGAACAAGCCAAAGGGGCUGAUUAACGCAUAUGGGGUCGCCGCGGAAGGCCAUGGUCUCGACCACUACAAGAAGGUGCUUGCGGAGCACCAGAAUGCUCUAGACAAGGAGGAGGAGGAGGCAGCCCGGAAGGAAGCUGAGAAGGAAGCAAAGGCCCAGGCCAAGGCCGACAAGGCUGCUGAGAAGGCCGCCGAGAAGGCUGCUGAGAAAAAGAGCAAGAGCAAGCGCAAGAGCAAGGCCGCUGAAACUGACGUGGAGAUGGAGGAUGUGGAGGAACCCAAGAAGGCUAAGACUCCUGCGAGGAAGCGCAAGAAUGAUGCUGAUGCCGAGACCGAGAAGCCUGCGAAGACCCCCAAGACCGCUACCAAGAUCAAGUUGACAACUCCCAAGGCCGCAGCCGAGGAGAGUGGAAAGAAGGCUCCUGCUAGCAAGGCAAAGAAGUCCGCUAAGAAGGGCAAGGCCGCCGCCAGCGAGGACGAAGAGAAGGCUUCUUCAAAGGAGCCCGAGAAGCAACCUGAUCCGGAGGAGCUGAAGAAGAAGAAGGAGAAGGAGAUACUUUUCCUGCGACACAAGCUCCAGAAGGGCUUCAUUUCUCGGGAUCAGCCCCCAAAGGAAGACGAGAUGGCCACUAUGGGUACCUAUUUCGAGAAGCUCGAGAAACACGCCGAUCUGGAAGUGUCAAUCAUCCGUUCGACCAAGAUCAACAAGGUGCUGAAGAUGAUCGUGAAACUGAACUCAAUCCCCCGUGACGAAGAAUUCAAAUUCCGCGAACGUGCCAUCAACAUUCUCUCCAACUGGAAGAACAUAUUGGACUCUGAUGCCCCGCUUGACGGUGGCAAGCCCACACCCAACGGAACCUCAAAGGAUGACGAUGCGGCCGACACCCCCAAAUUGGAGACCGAGGAAGAGAAGGAGCCCGACACUAAGACCAUUAAUGACGAUACCCCGAUGCCAGACGCCGAGGAGGAGAACGAUAAGUCCGCGCCGAAGGAGACCGAGACCGCUAAUGCCAACGAGCCUGCCCCGGCCGAAGAAAAGCCCACUGAGGAAAAGACUGAAGUUGAGGCCAGUGCAUAA